AAAGUACGUUAGGACAAAGACAAACAGUACAAGGAGUCAGGUGGUCAACCAUUGCAUGAUAUCGCAUCACAUUCUCUGGGGCCCCCCCACGUAAAAUAAGAAUAUAUUGAGGGACCAGUUUGAAAUAUCACCCAAAUUUUACCAAACCAGAAACCAGAAAGAAGGGUAGUGUCAGUGACUGUGCAAUCACAUUCUUUUUCAAUCAAGCCUCAACAACAUCUCUAAUCUCUCGCACUAGCUAUGAGCCUCUUUGGUCUGGGCAGAAACCAAAGGACAUUCCGCCCAAAGAAGUGUGCACCCUCUGGGAGUAAGGGGGCACAACUUAGAAAGCACAUUGAUGCCACCCUAGGAAGUGGAAACCUAAGGGAGGCUGUAAAACUUCCUACUGGGGAGGACUUGAAUGAGUGGCUUGCUGUCAACACUGUGGAUUUCUUCAACCAAGUGAAUUUGCUCUAUGGUACCCUCACAGAAUUCUGUACUAAUGAGAAUUGUCCAACAAUGACUGCAGGCCCCAAAUAUGAGUAUCGAUGGGCAGAUGGUGAAAAAAUCAAGAAACCUAUUGAGGUCUCUGCUCCAAGAUAUGUUGAACUCUUAAUGGACUGGAUUGAAGGCCAGCUUGAUAAUGAAUCUAUUUUUCCUCAAAAGCUUGGGGCACCCUUUCCUCCAAACUUCAAGGAUGUUGUGAAGACAAUAUUCAAAAGAUUGUUCCGUGUAUACGCCCACAUCUAUCACUCGCACUUUCAGAAAAUUGUAAGCCUCAAGGAGGAGGCCCAUCUAAAUACAUGCUUCAAGCAUUUUAUACUAUUUACUUGUGAAUUUGUGCUAAUUGACAGAAAGGAGCUGGCUCCACUACAAGAGCUUAUAGAAUCCAUUAUUGUUCCUUACUAAAGGGGUCUGCAUACCUGGCAGAAGAUUAUAUACAAGGGAAACACAAUUAAAUAAAAUUAAAAAAAAAAAACACCGGUCCUGACUGUAGAGUUUAUCCUAAAUUGCUUUAUAUUACAAAUUCCUGUGAAUGUGCUGUAUAAGUGUUUCAAGAAAAUUCUUUCUCUUUGUGGAUCAAGAAAAUUCUAAGAGCGCAUGAGCAGUCAUUGGUGUCAAGACUGCGGUUGUGAAAAUGGCUGAAGGCCAUCAGCUAAUGUGUACGUAGCUUGAAAAACAUUUAAGUUGAAAUCCUGUGCGUUGCUAUAUUCAUUGA